GUGGAAUCAAGAGUCUCUACGAGUCUGAACUGGCUGAUGCUCGAAGAGUUCUGGAUGAAACUGCUAAGGAGAGGGCUCGACUACAGAUUGAAAUAGGGAAACUGGGAGCAGAACUUGAGGAGUUCAAUAAAAGCUACAAGAAGAAAGAUGCAGAUUUGUCUGUGGCUCAGGGUCGCAUUAAGGACCUCGAGGUGCUGUUCCACAGGAGUGAGGCAGAGCUGAACACUGUGCUGAACGAGAAGCGCAGUCUGGAGGCAGAGGUGGCCGACCUGCGGGCCCAGCUGGCCAAGGCUGAAGAUGGUCAUGCUGUUGCUAAGAAGCAGCUGGAGAAGGAGACACUGAUGCGUGUGGACCUGGAGAAUCGGUGCCAGAGCUUGCAGGAGGAUCUGGAUUUCAGGAAGAAUGUGUUUGAGGAGGAAAUAAGGGAAACAAGAAAAAGACAUGAGCAUCGUUUGGUUGAGGUGGACACCAGUCGCCAGCAGGAGUAUGAGUCCAAAAUGCAUCAGGCACUGGAGGACCUGAGAAACCAACACGAUGAACAGGUCAAGCUGUACAAAAUGGAGCUGGAGCAGACCUACCAGGCCAAGCUGGAGAAUGCCAAGCUGUCCUCUGACCAGAAUGACAAAGCUGCUGGUGCAGCCCGGGAGGAGCUGAAGGAGGCUCGCAUGAGGAUAGAGACCCUCACCUACCAGCUCUCUGCCCUUCAGAAGCAGGCCAGUGCAGCGGAAGAUCGCAUUCGGGAGCUGGAGGAAAUGAUGGCUGGGGAGCGGGAGAAGUUCAGGAAGAUGCUGGAUGCAAAGGAGAGGGAAAUGACAGACAUGAGGGACCAGAUGCAGCAGCAGCUCACAGAGUACCAGGAACUGCUCGAUGUGAAACUGGCACUGGACAUGGAGAUCAGCGCGUACCGAAAACUGCUGGAAGGGGAAGAGGAAAGGUUGAAGCUGUCCCCCAGCCCCUCCUCGCGGGUGACGGUGUCCCGGGCCACCUCCAGCAGCAGCAGCAGCAGCACCUC